AGAGUUUAGGAAGAGCGGAUACACAGAUAUUAUGCUGCACCGGAGAGAGGCAGGGACACUGGUUAUAACGUGGAGCUGCGCGCUAUGCCCGGUCUCGGACGGCUAUUAGGAGACGACAUGUCGCCGCAGUAGGUGAUAUUAUAAAUGAGCACAGGUAUUUAUUCUAGCGAAGAGACUUGUUUUUACAUGCUGUCUGUCUAAAUUGGAUACCGAAGGGGGCGGGAGAGCGAGCAACAAGUGGAGUUUGGCGUGGAGAGGCCGAAAUUUCUCACCGCCACCAGCUAUGGAAGAGCAGAAGGAGCCCACCAGCGGCCGGGACUCGACCGAGGAGGAGAGCAUGUCUCUGUCGCCAAACCUCCCAUCCCCUCCCAUGAUUUUACCGCACCAGGCCGCGCAGCAGGCCCACAGAACCACGAACUUUUUCAUAGACAACAUCCUCCGGCCGGACUUCGGCUGCAGAAAGGAGCCGAGCUACCGCGACCGGAGCCAGACGCCGGGCAGAGAGAACGUCAACCCGCUGGGGGCGAGGCCGCCGGCGCACACCGGCAGCCUCUGCCUGGACUCCAACUGCAGCAGCGACAGCACCUCGUCGUCGCCUUCCUCUUCCUCGUCGUCCACGUCCUCGUCGCCUUCGUCCAAGCAGAACUCGUCGAAACAAGGCGAAGCGGCGAGCAACGGGACUGGCAGAUACGCAGACAGCCCCUCGUCAAUAAUGAUUAUGAGUGGCAGCAAUGGAGGCUCAACGUCCACAACGAAAGAAAGCCAGCCGCUGUUGUGGCCCGCUUGGGUUUACUGUACACGGUACUCGGACCGGCCCUCAUCUGUUUCCACGCCAGGCCCAAGGACACGGAAACUGAAAAAGAAGAAGAACAGCAAGGAGGACAAGCGGCCCAGGACAGCGUUCACGGCCGAGCAGCUGCAGAGACUGAAAACCGAGUUCCAGGCCAACCGGUACAUAACGGAGCAGCGGAGACAGUCUCUGGCCCAGGAACUCAACCUGAACGAGUCCCAAAUUAAAAUCUGGUUCCAGAAUAAGAGGGCCAAGAUUAAAAAGGCCAGCGGCUACAAGAACGGCCUGGCCCUGCAGCUCAUGGCUCAAGGACUUUACAACCAUUCAACGACCACCGUGCAGGAGGAAAAGGAGGACAGUGAAUAAGAGGCCCGGACAUUUCCCCUGCUGAGGGCCGCUGCCUGACUCUUUUGACUUUUGGAGCUAAUAAAAAAUAAAAAAAUAAAAAAAAAUGAACUGGAAGAGGGGAAAACGCUAUUUAAAAACACAGAUUUCUGUUAUGGUAACAGUAUAUGGACAUAAUUAUAUAAAUGAACGAUCGUUAUUAAAGUUUAUAUAGCCACACAGUUAUCAUGUUGUAUACAGUAUAUUUAAUUUCAGCCUCAUCUCCCACCUCAUCGUUUCUGUCUGUUCUCACUGUUUUUAGAUUGUCGGAUUGGCUCUAUAUAGGUUCUUGUGGUCUCCUGUCCCCCAUAUUUGCGCCAUAUUUUCCUUCAACACAUCAGUCGCAGACUCAGACAAGCCAAAGAUUUUAAUA